AUGAACUUCGCUGAUCCCGGCCCGCGCCGCACCGCUUCCUUCCUCCUGCUGCUGCUGCCGCUGCUGCUGGCCGCGCAGCCGGUCGCCACCGAUGGCUAUCUGCCGGCGUUGCCCGAGAUCGCGCGCGACCUGGGCUCGGCCAGCAGCAGCCUGACCGUGUUCAUGCUGGCCUUCGGUGUCGCCCAGCUGGUGUGCGGACCGCUGGCCGACCGCUUCGGGCGCCGGCCCGUUCUGCUGACGGGUUUGGCCUGCUACACGGCAGCGGCGGCAGGCUGUGCGCUGGCGGGCAGCGCGGACGCACUGGUGGCCUGGCGCGCCGUGCAGGGCGCGGCCAUGGCGGCCAUCCUGGUGUGCGCACGGGCUGCGGUGCGCGACCUGUAUCCGGCCCAUGAAGGGCCGCGCAUCAUGGCCCGCGGCCUGAUGGGCCUGGGGCUGGUGGCCCUGGUGGCGCCGAUUGCCGGUGCAUGGGGCGUCCAGGCCACCGGCUGGCGCUGGGUGCUGGGGGCGAUGGGCGUCUACUCGCUGGCUUUGCUGGCACUGUGCUGGCGCACUUUCAGCGAGACGCGGCAAGUGCCAGCGGAGUCUGCCCCGGUCCUCGCAUCCGUACCCGUAUCCGUAUCCGCUGGCGGUGUGCGCCAGGUGAUCGCCGACCCCGGCUUUUGCGCCUGGACGGCACUGGCCGCAACCACCUACGGCGGCAUCUUCUGCUUUUUUGCUGCUGUCGCCGAUGGUGUACGUCGACCUGUUCGGCCUGUCGCCCGUGCUCUACGGCUGGAUUCCAGCGGGCGGCUCGCUGGUCUACAUCCUCGGCAUCACAUGGUUGCCGGCGCCUGCUGUCGCGCCACGGGCCGUCUGCUGGGGCCGUGCAUCCAGAUCGCCGGCUGCGUGCUGGCGCCGGCCUCGCCCGUUCCAUUGUUGCUAGGGCACGCGGUGUAUGCGCUGGGCCAUGGCCUGCACCAGCCUUGCGGCCAGGCGGGCGCGGUGGGGGGCCUGCCGCCGCAGCUGGCCGGGCGGGCCGUGUCGUGUUCGGGCUUCGCGAUCAUGUGCGUGGCCUUCUGCACCGGCCAGCUGGCGGCGCAAUUUGUCGAUCCGACGAUGCGCCACGGUGCCUGGCCGAUGGUGCUGCCCAUGGCGCUGGCGGGCGUUGUGCUGGUCCUCAUCGCCUUUGUCUGGCUGCCGCGGCUGUACCGGGUGCAGUCAGCGCAAAGGGUUCAGCCCCGGUCAUGA